AUGGGUAUAAUCAAGACCGCAAUGAUUGCCGGUGUCAGCAUCUACGCCGUGAACAAGAUCACUAAAACUGCUGAAAACCGUCGCACAAAUCCCGCGCCAGUUGCCGCACAGGACGACAACACGCGCCAACAAUACCUCGACGCACCUCCGUGUUACUAUCCAGAUCCGUACCAGCAAGGACAAGCAAAACAGCAACAACACUAUCAGCCGCAAGAAAAGGUCUUGCCAAUGGAAUUCACCGAGCGGCGAGGCUCACACCAGCAGCAACAGAGCCAACGACAGGUACUGGUGACCGAUAACAACGCUCACGCUCCCUUACCCUCGGGGUAUAACAACCAGGGUCAAUACAAUUACGAGUUGGACCGACGAGCUGCACCGGCCCCUGCGAGCAUGUACGCUGGGAGCGCACAGCCGUCAGACUACCAGAACUGGCGCCAACAGCGCCAACAGGGCUUCGUGGAGCCAGACGAGGUGUCCAACUCACACUCCGACGCACCGAGCAGAGGCGGGAAUGCCGCGGGUACGGGGCUGUUCAAUACACUGGCUCAGCAGGCCAUGAACAUAAAGGAUGGCAAGGGGAAGGAUCUUGUUGGUAAAUUCCUCUCCAGAUGA